AUGAUCAACUUAUUCGCCUUCUUAGUGGAGAAACUCUCCCUCCUCUGCAACCUCAAAGUUCUGUUUUUCGGCUCUGCGCAUGCGCACGAGCUUCCCACCCAGCCCCGGGGAUCCAGCGGAGGUUCGCCUCCUCCGCCUCUCCACCGGGGCGACCUCCUGGAGGUACCCCGCACGCUCUUCACCCACUUCGGCGUGUACCUGGGCGACAAUCGGGUGGCGCACCUCAUCCCGGACCUCCUACCGGCGCUCACCGACGACCGACGGCGUUUGGCCACGGCGGUGACCAACGGGCGGCUGAUCGCCGGAUGUUUGUGCCGGCGCGCCACGGUGCGCGUGGACACCCUGGAGGACUUCGCGUACGGCUCCCGAAUCCUGGUCAACCGCGCGGAUGGAGCCGGGUCGGUGGGAGGAGGGGCGAAGAGGGCCAAGGCGCUGCCGGCGGAGGAGGUGGCCCGCCGGGCGGAGGCGCUGCUCGGCAGCUUCCCCUACAGUCUGCUGUGGAACAACUGCGAACACUUUGUCACCCACUGCAGAUACGGACGCGCCGCCAGCCGACAGACGGAAGAGUUUUGUGAGUGCAUAAAAUGGGUGAUCAGAGAUCGACGCAGCAUCUUGGUGACAGGAAUUCUGGGAAUCAUCUCCAUGCUCUUUUGCGGCAUGGCCGCCUCAACUACAUUACCCACAAUUCUUAUCCCCUUCACUCUGUGGAUGGCCGGUUAAUUCACUUUUGCCCAUGUUUAUAGUUGACUCAGUGCCUUUGAAGUGUCUAAUUUGAGGACAUUUUUUCCCUGUGAUGACAAUAACUGGCUUAUUUCGUUAAA